AUGGCCAUACACAACCCUGACUUGGCCAAGGAAGUGUUGUCCAACAAAUUCGGCCACUUUGAGAAAGUCAAGUUUCCGCCACUGUCCAGGCUGCUUGCCGCAGGCCUGGCGGAACACGAGGGCGAGAAAUGGGUCAAGCAUAGAAGGAUCCUUAACCCUGCGUUCCACCUGGAGAAGCUCAAGCUCAUGCUGCCAGCGUUGUCUACAAGCUGCGAAGAACUUGUCAAUAGAUGGACGCGGUCCCUUGGCUCAGACGGUACCUAUGAGUUGGAUGUCUUCCCGGAGUUCCAAAGACUCACUGGAGAUGUCAUUUCUCGCACCGCAUUUGGCAGUAACUACCUCGAAGGUGCCAGGGUUUUCCAGCUGCAAUCCGAGCAAGUUGAACGCAUUGCCGGGGCUUGGAAGAUUGGCAUUCCCGGUUACUUGUCCUUGCCCACCAAAAAUAAUAGAAAGAUGCAUCAAAAUAAUAGUGAAAUUGAAUCCAUUCUACAUGGUUUAAUUGGAAAAAGAAUGCAAGCUAUGCAAGAAGGAGAAAAUACCAAAGAGGACUUACUUAGCUUGAUGCUUGAGUCAAACAUGAGGACCUCAGAUGACAACGGCCAAUUCAUCUCAGGAAUGACCAUUAAAGAGGUGACCUUGAUUCUUUAUGAGGUACUCUGGUUGUACUCGCCUGCUGUCGCAUUCUUCCGUAAAACAUACAAGGAGAUAAAGAUUGGGGGCAUCACAUACCCCGCCGAUGUUCUCAUUGAGCUUCCCCUGUUGUUAAUGAACCAUGACCCAGAUAUAUGGGAAGGGGACGUACAUGAGUUCAAGCCGGAGAGGUUCACCAACGGGAUCUCCCAGGCAUCCAAGAAUCCCGGUGCAUUCCUACCAUUCAGUUGGGGGCCACGUAUCUGCAUUGCCCAACAGUUCGCCCUUCUUGAGGCUAAGAUGGCGUUUUGCAUGAUCCUUCAAUGCCUUGAGUUUGAGCUCGCACCGUCAUACACUCAUGCCGUAAAUAACACCAGACUGAUGCGCCCAAUGCAUGGUGCGCAAAUCAAGCUUAGGGCAAUUUGA